AUGUCAGGUGGGGAGCAUGUCUGCAUCGGCAUCGACUUUGGAAGCACCGGUGUUCGGGCCUUCGCAUGGUCGGUAGGAAAGACCGGUAAAUAUUUUCCUAACCUGCAUCACCUUCGUGUCGGCCUGGAUGGCAUGAGCUAUCCUGCUCAUGGCUAUAUCUACGAUGACAACGAGCCCAUAUAUAUUCCUCGGAAUCUCGCUGUAGACCGUGAGCCGGAAUCUCUCAAAUACGGUUUCUACUUGCUUUCUGGCGACCCGCAUAAGUUGAUGGAUCAGUACCCGCUGAUGAAGAGACUGAGGGAUACCUGCAACGAUCAAAUUCGAAACAAGCUGCGAACCGGCAUUACUUAG